GCAGCUGUGCUACAAAUACAGCACAUGGUAGCAUUGGGUAGCUGCUCGUAGCGACGGACACCACGGAGUUUGUCUUAACUCUCAGCUUACAAGUUAAAAGUUUUACAACUUUUACUUUGGGAACUGUUAGUUUUAAAAGGCCAACAACUUUGAAAUCUUUUGUCUUAGUACAAGGUUGUGAGCGAGCAUCAAAUCGAGAGUUUGAGGGUUUUUAAAAACACUUGUCCCCCUCCGUCUGCAGCAGCUACACAGAAGUUAACAUGUCGACCGGCACAAAUCAAGUUAAAAGCUGCCCCAUCCCCACCAGGGUGCUCACCCUGAAGGACUGGUCCCAGCUACCCGACUGUUACAGCCAGACACCCGGUGGGACCCUCUUCUCCACCACGCCAGGAGGCACCCGCAUCAUCUAUGACAGGAAGUUUCUGUUGGAUUGUCGAAACUCCCCUCUUGCCCGGACCCCCCCAUGCUGUCUGCCCCAGAUCCCGGGGGUAACAGUACCUGCUACACACCCCAUGGGGAAAUUGCAGGAUCUCAAAGAGGAGGCCGAGGAGGAAGAGAAGGACAUUGCAGAUGACAACCAGUUUGAGAUGGACAUCUGAGUCUCCAGUAUUACCUCCUGUGGAGAGUUAUUGGUUAAAACACCUCCAAGGUUUUUGAUAACCGUAAUGCAUUACAUUUAAAGCUUUUUUUUUUUUUCAACUUUUUUUUUUUUUUUUUAACAAAAGCUUUUGAGAGGAACCAAAAAGAACGGCAAAGCUAGGAAAUGGUAGGGUGUUUUUGACCCUAAAACAAGUGUGUUAAGCAAGGAAAUGGUAUUAAAUGGUUUGAUUGGUUACUCACUCACUUCAGAGCUGCAGCAGGAUUGAAAAACAUCCAUUUUGAUUUCACUUUUUUUAUCUUUUGUAAAUAAGAAAAUUUACUAUGUAGCCUAUUUUUUAAGUUGGGGGAAUAGAAGAUGAUUACAUUAAGACAUGUAAAGUAGGGUUUUUCACUGCAGGCAUCAGUUUUGUUUUGUAUUUCCCUCCCAAAAAGGAAGUCUAACUUUCUUUGUGUUGGGCAAACAAGUGUCUCCUAAUUUUGGGGGUCAGGGCUUAUUGAAAAUCAGCUCCAACUGAUUUGUAUGGAGGGAGAGAUGAAAUGUGAAUAAUUUCAAAUAAAGGCUAUUCAAACAGUCA